AUGGAGCAGGAUGGCCUCGAUGACAACGUUGCAGUCAUGGACGCUUGGUAUUCGCAGUAUUUAUCAGCGAAGAACAUCGACGCAGUUUCAGACUCUAUACAAUCGGAACCGCUUGACCUCCAAGCAGUCGAAGAUCAGAUCCUUGAGGCCAUGAACGAUACCAACGUCGUCGCCGGAUUCUGCUCCCCAUGCCAAGCCAUGUUAGACAAUUGGCCCGAUUUCGAGGCAUACACAGCAGAGGAACGCCUCGAGGAAGACUCAAGUGGAAGCGAUGCUGAAUCCUCCUCGCUGUCCGUGGGCUUCAGUGCCACAUCAAAAUUUUGGCUGGAUCCCGUCUAUGGGAUCACAGCCAGCUUGCCAUGCCAGGCACAAAUGAUCGGUCUAAUGGCAGCUGCAAGAAAUGGUUGCAGGUGCUGCGGCCUGAUUGCGCAGUCCCCGUACCCUCAUUCCGCACAAGCAUUCCACAGCCCGGGCACUAAUGAUCAAUCUUUGAUGCUCGUCAAUCACUGGACCAAGACGUGUCUGGCAUCCCACCAGAUCUGUAACCACAGACAAACUCGACAAUACCCGAGCCGCCUCUUGUCUAUCGCCAAGGACUCCGUACGGCUUGUACAAACAAUUGACUGGCCCGACCGUCCUCAUUACGCAACUCUGAGCCAUUGCUGGGGCAACAAGAAGUUCCUUAAACUUUUUACAACAAACCUUGAAGAGCUGCAGAGAUGUAUUCCAGCAGAUUCGCUCACAAAGACAUUCACUGAUGCCAUCAAAAUUUCUCGAAGUGCAGGCAUAUCAUAUCUUUGGAUCGAUUCAUUAUGCAUCAUUCAGGACGACCAUCAUGAUUGGGAGGUAGAGUCCAGCAGAAUGACCUCGGUCUACGGCGGGUCUUCUCUCAACAUCGCCGCGUCGUCGGCAAGAGACGGGACUGAGGGCUGCUUUCUGAAACCUGAUGAAUACUUCGCGGGCUUUGCAGCAGAGAUCUGCAUUGAUGGGCAAAAACGAGCGUGUGACUUCAUCCAAGUCGACGAGUAUAGCUACUGCGUUAGCGGAAGUCACUUAGCAUCGAGAGGCUGGGCCUUACAAGAAAAGGUCCUUGCCCCGCGAACAUUACAUUGUGGGGACCGAGGCCUAUUCUGGGAGUGCAGGACCGACAUGGCCUCCGAGUAUUUUCCUGAUGGCUUCAUUGGAGCCAGACGCCAGCUUUCCCCGUAUAGCUUGUUGUUACAUCCAAAUCGGCUGGCAGAUACGUGGGAUCUGGUACGAGACAAGUUCAUUACAUGCGACCUGACUUGCCCUGAAGAUAAGCUAGUGGCUUUGUCUGGCGUUGCCCGCGCAGUCAGCGAGAUGACAGGGGACCAAUACGUCGCAGGUUUAUGGCGCAAGAAUCUGGAGGCCGAACUCUGCUGGAGAGUAUCAAAACCACAACCAAAGCCCCCAUACCGCGCACCAUCAUGGUCUUGGGCAGCAGUGGACGGUCCUGACUAUGCUCUAAUGAGAUAUAUUUACAGCGCUUCUGACACAGCUUACGUUCAUGUGCGCUCCGUAUCUGUGACAAACACCGGUGUCGAUCCCUUUGGAGCCAGGUGGACUUCGAGCUCUCACCGUGGACUUGUCUUGCCGAUUUGGGGCGCGAAGGUCAUGGAUUCCCGUUUGAACUGGAUUGCGCUGAGGAAGAGGACGCGCGUCUGGGACAAGCCGUAUACUUCGUACCUCUCCGAAAAAAGCUUCAAAAUCGACAUUGCCACCGUGAAAGAAGGGACACUUCGGUCAUUGACUCACAGGGAAUGA